ACGAAAUCUCUGUCCAAAAUUUUAUUUUUCCUCGCGCGUAUAUAAGAGUUAGGAGUGAAAAUUUUCCGACAUUUCGAAGAGUCUUCCCUUAAUGAGUUGCGCUAUACCCCCGUCAGUGCCCAAUGGUUACCCGGUGACCAACAUAGAUGAUACUGGUUCCCAGCCCAAGGUUCGGUUUACCUGCAACCCGGGCUAUGUCCUGUCCGGUGGGCCAAACUUUUAUUGCAAUAAAACUUCUCAUAUUUGGUUUGGAAACACAGUCUGUAGUCCUGAAAAAAUUCCCGAGGUUUGGUUUUGGCUCCUGAUAGCGGUUGGUUCUUUGGUAGCUAUUGCAGCAAUAUCGGCCCUAUGUGUUUACUGCUGUAAAAAGUGUUGCUGGAGAAAUCGAGUAAGGAGCGUGGGUCCCAUCAACAAUGAAGACUAUCCGCCGGGCUGCUGUGGCGGUUGCUUUGACUAUGGCGGAAGUUGCGACGUUUGUGGUUGCGUAGAUUACUAUGGAUGUUGCUCACUCUUUGGGUGUUGCGGUUAUCGUGGCUUGUGUGGAUGUGGACUUUUCACGUGUUGUCGGUGUUGCAGAGAACCAGACGAUGCGCAUGUGCAAGGAAACAAUAUUCAAGACACUAGGGGCAGACGACAAAAACGAAGGACGGGUAUUCUUUCAAAACGGACAAAUAUGAAAGCGAGGCGGAAAAGAAGAGACCUUUGGCGACAAUGGCGUUCAAACAGACCCAAUGAUCCAAUCAACGACGAGGUUUACAAUAAAGUUAGAAGAGACGCAAAGAUGGUGGCUAUCUGGUUGCCCCACUCCAACCCUGUGAGAUCCAUUAACACGAGUACUAAAUAAACAACCAGUCUGUGAAUUGUUCGUGUUAUACACAAUACAUUUUUUGUGAUGUUUUGUUAUCAUGUCUAAAUUAUCUUAUUUAUACACGUUUCUGUCAUUCAAAGAUAUUAAACUAUUGUCAUGUA